CUCUUUACGUCACCAAAGCGCACAUAAAACACCGCCCUGAGAGAAGAAAACUUUUAGUUUUGCAAUCCACUGUGAAGACCUCAAAGCGCAGAGGUUUUAAAAAUUAGAAAACAGGUCUAGAACUGAAAGAUCCUGAUACAUUGUAAACACAAUGGACGUCGAGGCCAAGAGAAUCAUGGCUCUUUCUAUUAGUAAACUGUAUUCAUUAAGGACCCAGCGCGGGGGACUGAGACUUCAGCGGAGUCUCCUGCUCUCCAUGACCAUGAGAGCGGCGCGGGACAUCUACCACACCGCGCAGCUGCUCAGAGACGCGGAGGAGGAACAGGUCGUUCCGUGCGCCCCCGACGCGGCUCCAGAGGAACCCAUGGAGAUUACUAAAGACUCUCCUCAGACUUUAACUCCUAAGGAGGUCGCAAUGAAACCUCAAGAACCUAAAGAGACUCUAGAAGAGGACAAAGAGAACCGAUGCGCUUCUGAACGGCACUCCAGGAAGCGCCGCGGCAAGACGGCUCUCGAAGCUGACUUUCUGCCUCUAAAGAAAGCAAAAAUGGACACAGAUGAGGAGAAGCAACAUCUCCAGGACGAGGUUUUGAGGACUAAUAAUGGAAACAGCUGUCGCCAGGCUGAAACUCUGAACGCCUUCCCAACAAAUCGAGCCAUUGUGGCGUGUUGAGCAAGACGCGCUUUUGAUCUUUCCGAGAAUCGACUUCCCUCGAUGGGAAUUUCCUGGACAAACUGGUUCAGAACGGACCGGUUAUGCAGCCCGACACCUGUGCGGUCGGCUCAGCUCGCCAAAUGAGCUCCAAGAAAGGCCAGGAUCAGCAGGAACACGGGACAGGUGGUGGAUACUGUGAUCCCGAGCGCAAUGGAAUCGCCAAAGCUGCUUCAUAGUUCAGUGAGAGGAGUCAGAUGGCUCUGUUGACUCACGUUUGAACUGGUUGAACUGGGAAGAGAGGCUAUCACAAGUCUAUGAACUUUUUUCAACCUCAAACAAGAACAACGCUGAUGGUGUAUGAGACAAAACACUGCUGUGUGACACUUGAAAAUGUCUUUGCCAAAACGUGUUAAAUGUCACUGUUGCACUGACCAAUUGCACAUUAGAUUAUGUAUUGAGAAUGUUAAUUUAAGAAGGACUUGAUGGACUGAUAACAUGUGAAGCUGAUUUCAGUGUUCAUAGGUUGCAAUAAACAUGCAAAUGUUUAAAAAAGCA